CUGAUUUUCUUUAAAUGCUAUGAAGCUUUUACAUAAAGAUAUUGGGGUUGAUUUACUAGAACUGCAGAGUUGCAAAAUCUGGUACAGCUGUGCAUGGUAGCCAAUCAGCUUCUAACUUCAGCUUGUUCAAUUAAGCUUUAACAAAAUUAUGGAAGCCGAUUGGUUUCAAAUUAACCCCACUGUCUUCAGUCUAUGUGUAGCAAGACUUUCAUAUGAUGACCUUCAGCAGCAAUUAAUCAUGUUUUAUAUUGAGCAUUUACCAAAGGUGAUGAAACUGAGCCAAUUAUAAAGGUGACUCUCUACAUAUAUUAAAGGAAUCCAAAGAAAGGCCUGAGAGCCAAGAAGACCAACAUUAAUUCAUGAAGUCUCCAGGAAUUCGACCACUGUACAUUUGUAAUUGGAAACCCUUCCCACAGCCUACAGGAUGAGAGAAGAGAUGGUGUAAGGUGCCCAUUGUCUCCACGGUGGACUGUUUGUCCAGGAGUGGCUGAAAUCUCUUUAUAGGGUGGAACUCCUUGUCAAUGCAUCCAACUGUUCAAAGAUUUAAAAGGAUUUUGUGGCUUGAGAGUUAAGAUGGUCCUAUGUUGGAAAGCGAGGCAGGAGGAAACCACAUGUGAGAUCAGUUUACGGCAACUAAAAAGGAUUCAGGAGCUGCCCCUCCUUAGGUAUGCAUAUAGGAAUCAGACAAGGGCUCUGAAGAAGCUGUUGACUUUGAAGACCACUGACCCAUUAAUAAGAGGUGCUGUUGGAGAGACUGCGCUACAUCUUGCUGUGUUCCAUGACAACUUGGAGUCUGUGAAGAUUCUGCUGGAACAUACACCAGAGCUCGUCAACCAGCCCAUGACAUCUGACCUCUACAAAGAUCAGACAGCGCUGCACAUUUCUGUCAUGCGUCAGAAUCUGGCAGUUACGCAAGAGCUGAUACGGAAUGGUGCCAACGUGUCCAUGCCACGGGCAGUUGGAACGUACUUCCGACUCAAAUCCAACUCCUUCUAUUAUGGAGAACACAUUCUUUCCUUUGCUGCCUGUGUGGGGAAUGCAGAGCUGGUUCGAUUAUUACUGCAACAUGGAGCCGAUGCAGAGGCCAAGGAUUCCCACGGGAACACCAUUCUCCAUAUUUUGGCCUUACAGCCCAACAAAAUGUCAGCCUGUCAGAUGUAUGACCUCAUCCUGGGCCAUCACAAGGAGAAGUUUGGGCCCGGUUUAGAGGAGAUCACCAACAAUGAUGGGCUUACACCGCUGAAGAUGGCGGCAGUAGAAGGUAACACAGUGAUGUUCCAGCACAUUGUACAGAAGAGACGACAACUGCAGUGGACAUUUGGCCCCAUUAGCUGCUAUCUUUAUGACCUGACAGAGAUCGAUGUAUGGGGGGAUUCCAAGUCCGUACUGGAUCUGGUGGUCUCUGCAAAAAAAAGAGAGGCUCGUCGCAUUUUGGAUCUCUCCCCAGUCCAGGAAUUGGUCAACAGAAAAUGGCAGAGGUUUGGUUGGCCCUAUUUCUGGACACUGGCCUUUAUCUACGUCCUUUACAUGAUCAUUGUCUCUCUUGCCUGUGCCAACCGACCCCUUAAACCAAGAACGGAGAACGCAACUAAUCCAAGGGACAUAAUCUUACUGGUUAAAAAAUCCCUAAAUGAAUCCUACCUCACUUCUGAAGAUCACCUACGUCUGGCAGGAGAGCUAAUUAGUGUUAUCGGAGCAAUUGUUCUUUUAUUUCUCAAGAUUCCAGACCUGUUUCAGAUAAGAGAUCCAAGGUACUUCACACAAGCUGUUCAAGGUGGACCAUUCACACUUAUCAUAAUCGCCUUCCCUUGUUUGGUGCUUGCGACCCUGGUUCUCCGACUGACAGACACGGAUGGAGAGGUGGUGCCGAUGUGCAUAUUACUUGUGCUGGGCUGGUGCUACAUCAUGUAUUUUGCACGUGGAUUUCAAAUGCUUGGACCUUUUACCAUCAUGAUCCAUAAAAUGAUAUUUGGAGACUUGCUACGGUUUUGCUGGCUGAUGGCUGUGGUCAUUUUUGGAUAUGCAACUACAUUUUAUGUCAUCUUCCAGACAGAAGACCCCAACCAGUUUGGGUGGUUUUACGACUACCUCAUGACUAUUUUCAGUACCUUUGAGUUUUUUCUCAACGUCAUCAACGCCCCCACCAACUAUGAUGUGGACCUUCCAUUUAUUUUCCACGUUAUAUAUUUUUCCUUCACCAUCCUCGCCAACCUCCUGAUGCUGAAUCUGCUGAUCGCCAUGAUGGGAGACACUCAUUGGAGGGUGGCACAGGAAAGGGAUGAGCUGUGGAGAGCUCAGGUUGCCGCAACCGCAGUAAUGUUGGAGAGAAAGCUCCCACGAUUCCUCUGGCCUCGAGCAGGUAUUUGUGGCACAGAAUAUGGCUUAGGAGACCACUGGUACUUACGGGUGGUGGUAAGAAAGGACCUUAGUCAGCAGAAGAUCCGUCGUUAUGUUGAAGCUUUCCAAGGACAAGAAGAAAACAGUAACUCGCACAAGAAAACCUCAAAUGACUUAAAAGAAGACCAAGCCGUAAGGUCAGAUCUGCCCAAAUUGAUGGUGACCGAGGCAAAUGAAUCACAAAGUGAUCCAUUAAAAACUUCUCAAACACCAAGUGGGUUGCUACAUGAGGGCGCAACCAGUACCCAAAGUGCUUCACAUAUGGCUCAUUUGGACAUACCACAAGUAUGUGUGGAACCAUCUAGGCCUGGGCUUCAGUCUUUAGAACAGGAAGUGACAAUGUUUAGAAAGGCCAAUGGACAUGGCCGGAAGAUCUUAAGGUCAAUUCCCUUACAACAAUUACAAGUAGAAACCUCUCAAGCCAUCCACAGUGCCGAGGACAAAGCCAGGACACAAAGUUCUUCAGAUAUUACUUGUUUGGACAUACCACAAGUAUACAGGGAACCAUCUAGGUACAGGCUUCUGUCUUUAGAACAGGAAGCGCCAGUGGUCAAGAAGAACAGUGGACGUGGCUGGGAAAUGUUAAGGUCAAUACCCCUACAAAGACUACAAGCACAAACCUCUCAAACCGUCCACAUUGACGACGAGGAGGAAAUACACCAUGUCUGAUAUUUACAUUUAAUUUGUGAAAUUUAAGAGAUACUUUAACUCUAAGAAAUAUUAAUAAUUUCCUGGGGUGAGAGCCCCACUAUGGAAAAAGAACAGAUGUUUCUUCUCAAAAAACCUCAACUCAGUGAGUUGAUUACUUGAUUUACACUUUUAACUGAAAAACUCAUGUCAAGCUUCUGCCAGUAUUAUAGUCAUACAUAAGUAGAGGAUGUGGACAUUGAAAACUUUGAAGG